AUGACUCUAACUACGGAAAACAUUACUACGGUCUCUGCCAACAAUCCAAUUGCUAAUUCAUUUAGCUCAUUUGAUGAUAUUUCUAGAAAAGUACUGAGAGCCAAUUAUCCUGCUUCAACUUUUCGAAAACCAUUUACUUCCAACGGUGGAAAUGCUACUAGCAAUAGCGAUUCCAACAGUUAUGACAUUGAACAAAUUUUAGAGGUUUUAAUUUCAACGAAUCUAAAUCCAAGCAACACUUUUGAACAUGAUUUAUUAGAAUUGCUGGUUUCUGGAUGCAAUACUAUUAAUAUAACCGAUGAGCAUGUGACUUCAAAGUUUAGUAGAAUUAUUUUUACUUUUUGUAGUAGACAUAUGGUUCGUCUAAAUGACAGCGAAGCAAAACAACCUCCUUUAGAUACUUUGCUAAAUUUUUUGAUUGGAUCGUACUCAAAAGCCACUCAAGUUUCCUAUAUUGUUGAUAUUUUGAGAGCUCUAAGUCAAGUUUUAUACGAAAAUGGCGCAAAUUGUCAAAAUUUACAUCAGCAAAUUUUGCAAACCCUUCUUCCUGUCGCAAGAUUUGAUUAUCCAAAUCUUGAAAUCCGCCGUAUGGCGAUUAACGGUCUAGGAAAUUUAUGUUUUCGUAGUGGUGCCAAGCUACAAGGAGAAUACAGAAGUAUUUACGAAGUACUUUUGUCGAAUCUCACAACCUUAGAACCUAAUUUGGAUGAUGCUGCUUUUCUCAAAGUUAUUAGUAGCACAUUACGAGCAUUACAAUUUAUCAUGAAUGAAGACAAAACUAUCGUGACAGAAACAUUCAACGAGACAAUUGAAGCUAUAAAGAGAUAUAUUUUCUUUAACGCAGAUGAAUUAAAAAAGUUUUCUUUAAAUACAGAUAGAACUCGGGCAAAUAGUGUAAGCAUGAGAAAUAAUGAGCCACCGUCACCAAGAUCGCCAACAUAUAGUAGGCAUAAUCGUACAAAAUCACUUGGUCGCUCUUGGUUAAGCUCUUAUUCAGAAUUGUCCGAUGGAGAACACGUUCAAACUCGCAGAAGAAAUGAAGAUUCUCGAAUUCGAUCUAAUGCUGUCGGUUGUUUACAAAGCGUUGCAAGAGCCGCGCCGAAAUUGUUAUAUCCUCAUUGGAAUCAUUUUCUUCCCGAUACACAUGCUUCCAUGUCUUCAAUCCCCUCUCUGUUUACAUUGAUUCAAUAUGAAGCUAUGCCUGCGGUUCGUAUAUCUGCUUGUUCUGUCAUAACAACGAUGAUCGAUGGAUCUAAGCAAUAUUUGGCGGCUGCUGAUGAUAGAGAGAUAAAAUCAUCAUUCACUUCGCUUUCCGCAAAAUUAGGUGCAAUUGUAAGAGAACUUCAUGCUGGAUUAUUACAAACACUUGCUAAGGAAAAUCAUGGUGCUAUUUUGAUUCAAUUAUUGAAGUGCUGCAAUACUUUGAUCAACAAUACAGCAUAUGAAAGAUUAUCUGGUGGCUAUCUUUCCCGAUUGUAUUAUGCAAUAGUUAGAUUUCUCACUCAUGAAGAUAACAAUGUUCGAAUUGUGACUAUGACACUGAUAUCUAAUAUUGUGGAAUGCAAAUCAUGCGUUGAGGAAGUUGGAAAUCUUAUACAAGCUGCUGUGAUAAAUGAAAUAGUAUCAAAUGGAACGACUUCGAACCCUACACAGACUUUUGAGAUAACCAAUCUUUUGGCGUUUCUUAUAAAGCUUAUUGGUAAUAAUAGUCAACCUGCAUCUAUAAGAAUUGAAGCGUGGGGUGUUUUAUGCGCUUGUACAAGAACACAUUUUGUAGUCAUAAGUCCUCUAUGGGAACAGCUAAAUACUUUAAUCAAAACUGACCUCAAAUGUGAGGAUGUUAAUAUUCGUACUGCUUCAAUGAUGUUUUUAGUCGAAUAUGCUAGAGAACUUGCAGCGGCUUGUGGAAGCCGCCAAAAUGAUGCAGAAGACGGUAAUGACGAGGCUCAACAGUAUAAAAAUUUAGAUUUGACUAAAGCAUCUGAAUGGUGGGCAACAGCUCUUGUUCAACAUGUUCAGAUGGCAACAAAUGAUAAAUGUCAUGCCGUAAGAGCCCACGCAUGCGACUUUUUGUCAUAUAUCCCAACUAAUAUAUUUUCAUCAUUCCCGAGAAACUUUUGUAUCAAAAUAUUACUUAAUUUUUCAAAAGAUGAAAGUCCAAAUGUUAGAGCAGCAGCGUGUCGUGGUCUUGGAGUCUAUAUUUUGUUUCCUAGCUUGCAACAGGAUACUAAAUUCGCAUCAGACAUGGCAUUGACAGUAAUUCAACAGAUUAAUCCUUCAAAUGUCAGUCAAGGAGUUACUCCUCGAAAUGCCAAUUUGAAUGAAUUUUUGAUUAAUGUUUUAUGGGCAAAAAUUGUUAAAGCUGGGUUAUCUGCGUCAAAUGAUAAUGAUAAGGUUCGUUGGAAUGCAUGUUACGCGACCUCGAAUAUGUUACGGAAUCCAAAUUUUCCAAUUGGCCAAAAAACAAAUAAUUGGUCUGUGCAAUUAUAUGAUGCGCUAAUCAAGGCAGUACAAACGUCCAAGAAUUUUAAAGUUAGAAUCAAUGCGUCCCUCGCACUCGCCACACCAUCUACCCGAGAUAAAUAUGGUGACAUAACUACUUUUAUUAAAAUUUUACAAGCGGUGGUUACAAGCUUGGAAAAUAUAGAUAAUUUAGCAGGAACUGGGUUCAGUGAAGUGAAAUAUCAGGAGCAAUUAAAAAAUCAGAGAUCUAUGCCUGCAAAUUUAGGUCAUCGCACAAAUCUUUUAAAUGAGGAAGAACAAGCUAACUCUAAUACUUCUAUGCAAAUACCAACAAUCGAAGAAAAUGAUCAUCAUAUUCUUGAUUUGUUAUUAAACGAAAGUUUUAGCGAGGUUGAAUUGGGCUUAGAUCAACCUUUAGUACCAACUAAAUACACCUCUGAAGAAAAAAAUUCAAGUAGCAAUAAUAAUGAUAUCGAAAAUAUUGAUCAGUCAAAAGAAAUAAUCGAUGAUUUGCAAGGCCUGGAAGAAUCGUUAGUCUCGAAUGAAAAAGAAGAAAUAAAUAAUGUGUUGAUAUCACAGGAUGUCAUUGAAUCUCUAACCAGUGUGAAGCAUGUUGCGCUCAUAGCGCUAGACAGUCUUCUACGUCAAAUUCUUGCGGAUCACAAUUCUCAUAUUAUGUCAUCUGAAAUAAGGUCAACAUACACAAGAACGGAUGCUUUGAGACAACGUUCUUUCUCUUUUAGUCAUUCACCAUCACAAAAUGUCAAUCCUGAAUUAAAGAACCUACCUCGAGAAGAGAGAAAUAUCUGGAUGAGAUCUCAGUUAUUGGCUGACAUUGCACAUAAUGCAACAAAGUUGAGUAAUAACAAUGAAAUGAUGCAAACAGAUUCAAGACAACAAUAUUCACCUGAUGUUGCUACACUUGAUAUAAUUCGACGUCAGUUGAAUUCUAGCAACUCAGUUAUUUUAAGUGAUGAUUAUAGCUUAGCAUGUACUUUGGCCGCCUUGCUUGGGUACUUGUAUAGAAUUUUAGAAUUAUGUGAUUCUAAACAUCCUGACUCAAAUUUCGAAUCAGAAUUACCGAAUACUGUCCAAACUUCAGAAGAAAUUUUACAACCUACAUCAGGUGAAGACAUUUACAGUACAUUGCACAAAGAAGUGACAACUUUACAAAAUCGACGUGCUAGUUUAAAUUUUUAUAACAAUGUUAAGGAUCAACGUCUUUCAACUUGGAAUGAGAUUGAUCGAUUAAUGGAAAUUGUUGCUGGUUUAUGCCGUGAACGAUCUAAUAACGAUCCACCUCCUGAGUAUUCGCAUAACCUUACUGAAGGAAACAAUGAAACAGUCAUUGAUCCACCAAAAUAUCCAUCAGUUGUUGGAAAUUUAAAUUUAAAAAAAGACAAUGAAAAAACAAAAUUGGAUUUGGAUAAUGUAAUUUCUGCAAUCGAUCGUGUUUAUUGUGUGGCGCCUCAACUUAAUAAUCAACGUGUAGAACUUAGUCCACGUCAAAAGAAAAGGUUAACUGCAGCUACUUUAUCAAGCGUCAUUCAAAAAUUAUCUCGUGGGCGUCUUGAGGAGCAGCGCGCUGAUUCUUCGUCAAUUACAAAAUAUCAAACGCUAAAUCGGCUUGUUGAUCAAAUAAAUAAAGCAGCAGAAAGAAGUUUUGUAGAUCAACGUGUUGAACUUAGUCCUCGUCAAAUACGACAACAUGAAGUUGCAAAAUUAAACGGUAUUAUUGAACGCCUUGGAAAAAAUAGAAUGACAAAUCAGCUUCUUAUUCAGGAUUUGACAAGACUUACAAAUGAAUUGACAAAAACAAGCUCCAACAAUAUUUAUACUUCCCAACGAUAUAAACUUUCACCUGCUAAAGAACGAGAUAUGUUUAUGAAUAGUAUAUUCAAAAAAGUUGAAAAAAUGCAAUCAUAUCGUAUGGAUGAUCAAGACGCAGAGUCACCUAAAGAACGUGCAUGGAAGGAAAUCGAAAACUUACUUAGUAAACAACAAUAUAGUCCUUCUAUGAACUAUCAACGUGCCACAUUAAACCCUAAAAGAACAAGUUUUAAUUAA